AAAAGCUAACACUGAUUACAAAAUCUCGACGCAGAUUAACCGCUGUGGAUGCUUAGCCGAUUUGUCUAGCCAGUCUGUGAGAUAUGAAGAUGGCUUUGAAGACAUGUACAGAGCAUGCUGAUGAAACUUUUGAUUGGUUUGUUGCACUGCUAACCACUUGCAUGACUCUUCAUAACAAAACCAAGUUAGUAUUUGGAGAAGACAUGGCGGUUUUGGCGGGUGAUGCACUCCUUGCUUUGGCGUUUGAGCACAUGACGGUUGCGUCGAGUGGGUUGGUCGCUCCCGAGAGGAUGAUUCGCGUUGAGCUUGCAAGGGUCAUAGGGACAAAAGGGUUAGUGGCAGGGCAAGUAACUGACCUAAGCAGCGAAAGAUUGAAUCCACACAACGCUAAAUUGGAGCGUCUAGAAUUCAUCCAUCUCCACAAAACGGCGGCAUUGUUGGAGGCAGCGGCUGUUUUAGGGGUGGUUGAUGACAUUCUUGACGUAACGGAAUCUACUGAGGAUUUGGGUAAGACUGCCGGAAAAGACUUAAUGGCCGGAAAGCUGACGUAUCCAAGGCUGAUAGGGUUGGAGAUAUCGAGGGAAGUUGCAGAGAAACUAAGCAGAGAAGCAGAGGAACAGCUUCUAAGGUUUCAUCUGAAUAAGGCAGCGCCUCUGAUGGCUCUUGCUAGCUACAUUGCUCUGAUAUUUUGUAUCAACAGAUCAUAUCCUCAACGCAUCUAAUCUCCCUUUAGUUCGAUCUCUGGUCUUUGCUUCUUGUGAACCAUUUAAGUUGUGAUCAUCUCUCUGUGUGUUUUCAGGUUUGCAUUUUACUAUUGUGUUUUUUGAAACUUAACGUCAUAUUUCAACAAAUACCAUUACUUGCU